UUUUUUGUAAUCGUAAUCGCGCGUCGCAUUAUUUUAAUGUCGUGUAAAAUGUGUACAUCUUUGACACUUGUAUUAAAAUAAAAUUGGGCUAAAAUGUCGACCGAAUUAGAAAUGUGUAUUGCAAAUCUGGGAGAAGCAAUCCCCACUAUUAACAAUAACUAUGUAACAGCAGAAAUUGAGGAAAAAACAAAAGAAUGGACAUACACAUGCGAUAUUUGUAAAAUUAAUACCACAAGCCACAAAGUUUUAUUACGACAUUAUGAAGGUAGAAAACAUAAAGUACGUGUCGAACGUGCAGGUAAAAUAUUUAAUUGUGAUCUUUGCCAAGUUAACGCUAACAGUCAAAAACAACUCGACAACCACUUAAAGAGCUCUCGUCACAAAUACCAACUAGAAAAAAAAGACCUAAUCGAAAAUUUGAAGCUGAACGGAAAUCGAGGGGUGUGGGUAAUCUUAUUUGGCAUUGGUUGUGUCUUUGUCAAUUUUCUUCUUAUUUUUAAACUUUGGUUGUAAAUUACGUGUGCGUCUAUUUGUGUUGGCCAUUUAGUUUUUAAGUCUAGGUUUAAGGUAUAGUUAUUAUUAUUUAUUUAUUAUUUUUUGUACGUUAAGAGCCCCAAAAUAUUUCGCUUGUUAAAUGUAAUUAACGAAAAUGUUCUUUACAACUUUUCAUCGAAAACAAUUUAAACCAUGUGAAAUAUUUUUGCCGUAUUUUCGUUUAUACUCUUAAAUAUUUCAUCAUGUGUCGAUGACUUAGGUCAUACAAAAACAUUUUGUUAUUGCACUUUUUCAUGCAUAUAAAAUAUUUUGUGGUUUCACUUGGUGUUUGUCGACAAUCAUGUAUUACCUAGAAUUAAAUUGUUAUGAUUAUCAUUAAUGAUACUUACUUGCACAACUUUAAUUUAAAGGCUGAAU